CCUCGUCAAGUGGUCGCUCACCAGGAUGCGAUGAAACGUUUGUUCCCCGAUGGCUGGUCACCUCCACGCAAAAUUUCUCGAGAGGCCAUGGAUGGUUUACGGACCUUUCACCGACACGACCCUGAGACGUUUACCACACCUGUUCUAGCUGAAAAGUUCAAGAUCAGUCCCGAAGCCGUUCGGCGUAUCCUCAAAUCUAAAUGGCAGCCUGAUGAAAAGCGGAAGGCGCGGAUGAUUGAAAAGGAAGUGGAAUCGAAG